GCAGCUUUCUCCGCUGAGUCAAAUUCUGACUCUUGUUCGGAGUUUUCAGGUGCCGGAACUCUUCCCUGCCUGUCGUUUUUUCUAAUAAACAACAUCUUAACCGUGUGGUUAUUUUGUCGUCUCCGUGUAGCUCGUGUUUGUAAGACUUUUCUUCAAAUUGAAGUCCGACUGUGAAACUCCUGAUUGCCGAGUGUUUGUAGGAUACUGUGUUUCGGAGAAGCACCUCCUCCAGCACUGGUGGAACGAUACUCUCCAUAAGCAUGACACACUUUUCAGGAUUUGUGAGUUGAUAGCGCUCUCCAGUUAAGGCUCCAAACGCUCCAGUUCUUAACUGAGAUGUUCUCCUGAGUUAAAGUUCACAUCUUGACCAAGGAUUUCCUGAGAAUUACUCCCUACACAACACACAAUGGCUUCCAAUAUAAUUGUUGAACAGCAGUUUUCUCACAAAUUCAUAGUGACCGUGGUUCGAGCCGAGAGCGUCACAAAGGGAGCACUGGGUGACCUGUUGGACACCCCAGAUCCAUAUGUGGAGCUGUUCAUCCCAACGGCCCCAGAGAGCAGAAAAAGGACCAAGCACAUAGACAACAACAUCAACCCAAAAUGGAACGAGACAUUUCACUUCAUUUUAGACCCCAACCAGCACAACAUCCUGAAGUUAACAUUAAUGGACGCCAAUUACGUGAUGGAUGAGACACUUGGGACUGCAUCCUAUGACAUCACCACGCUCCCUGUAGGCCAGACAAAGAUGGAGAGUUUCCUCAUUGGCAAAGCGACCAAAGUGUACUUAGAGAUGACGCUGGAGAUCUGUACCAAGCUGGACCUGCGGUUCAGCCUGGCCCUGUGUGACGAAGAGAAGCAGUUCAGACAGAGACGCAAAGAAAGAGUGAUGCUGGGAAUCAAGAAGCUGCUAGACAUGGAGAAGCCUCGUUUCCUCCCCAGCUCUCCAGAGGAGGUGCCAGUGAUUGCCAUAGCGGGCUCAGGAGGCGGUUUCCGUGCCAUGGUUGGCUUCUCUGGUGUGAUGAAAGCCCUGUUUGAGUCUGGUGUCCUGGAUUGUGCCACAUAUGUCGCAGGCCUCUCCGGAUCCACAUGGUACAUGUCAGCUCUCUACUCACACCCAGACUUUCCAAAUACGGGCCCAAAGGACAUCAACAAGGAGCUGAUGAACAGAGUUCGCAGUAACCCACUUAGGCUGUUGCUUCCCAAACACAUCACUAACUACAUCCAGGCCCUGUGGACCAAAAAGGCCCAAGGGCAGCCAGUUACUUUUACCGAUAUCUUCGGUAUGCUUAUAGGAGAGACGCUUAUACCUGGGAGGAUGGACAUGAAGCUUAGUAGCGUACAGGAGAAAAUAAACCAGGCCCAGAGUCCCCUUCCUCUUUUCACUUGUCUGCAUGUCAAGCCAGAUGUUUCUGAGCUCAUGUUUGCAGACUGGGUGGAGUUCAGCCCGUAUGAAAUCGGGAUGGCAAAGUACGGCACCUUUAUGACCCCCGACUUGUUUGGGAGCAAGUUCUUCAUGGGAACUGUUGUCAAGAAGUACGAGGAAAACCCUAUUCAUUUUCUGAUGGGUGUGUGGGGCAGCGCCUUCUCCAUUCUCUUCAACAGAGUGCUAGGAGUCAAAGACAGUGUUGGUGGCAGCACCAUGGAGGAGGAGUUAGAGCAGAUCAAACCGCAGCACAUCGUUGGAGAAGACAGUUUGGACAAUGAGGACGAGCCACGUAAAGGUGGGACCGAGAACCCAGAGGCAGAAGACGAGUACCAUCGCACUGCUCAGGCUAGCUGGGUUCAACGAAUGUUCACGUCGCUCUUCAGUGACUCUUCCUUAUUCAACACAAGAGAGGGCCGGGCCGGGAAGGUGCAUAAUUUCAUGCUGGGCCUGAACCUGAACACCAACAUCCCCUACUCUCCAGUAGGUGAGGUCCCAUGCAAUGCCACUACAGCUGCUGAGGAGGAGGUGGAUGCCGUCACAGACCCAGAUGAGUUUGAUCGUAUUUACGAGCCUCUGGAUGUGAAGAGUAAAAAGAUCCAUAUAGUGGACAGUGGCCUGACCUACAACCUCCCCUACCCUCUCAUCUUGCGGCCGCAGCGUGGUGUCGAACUCAUAAUCUCCUUUGACUUUUCUGCACGACCCAGCGACUCUAGUCCCCCAUUCAAGGAGCUCCUGUUGGCAGAAAAGUGGGCUCGAAUGAACAAGCUUCCAUUCCCCAAGAUCGACCCCAAAGUUUUCGACCGUGAGGGCCUGAAGGAAUGCUACGUCUUCAAACCAAAAAACGGCGAAAAGAACUGCCCAACUGUUAUCCACUUUGUCCUGGUCAACAUCAACUUCAGGACAUUCAAGGCACCUGGUGUUCCCAGAGAGACGGAGAAGGAGAAGGAGUUGGCUGAUUUUGACAUCUUUGAUGACCCCGAGUCACCAUUCUCCACUUUUAACUUCCAGUACUCCACCGAGGCCUACACCAGACUGCAUGACCUGAUGGAGUUCAACACUCUCAACAACCUGGAGGUGAUUAAAGAAGCCAUCAAGGACUGCAUUGUGUCCCGGAAGGAGAAUCCCUCGUGCCGCUCACUUCAUUUCUCCCUCAGUGAGAUCCCAAAAAAGAAGUCUCUCAAAAGAGAUCCUCGAGGAAAUCCCUGGAAUCUCCCGGAAAAUGAUGACCAGUGAUUUGAGACGUUUGAGAAAGCGGACUUUAGGGAUUUAGGAAAGCACCGCAUUUUCUUUUUGGAAAAUGCUAUCAUGUGGAUCUCUUUUCUGUAUACUUUUAAUCAUACUUUUGAUUAUGGAAAGAACCUUAACGUUUACAGGUAAAGCCUUAUGAUUGCAUUCAUAUACGACACAGUGACUUUAUUUGCACGAAUUUGACUGCUGGGGAAACUGUUUGUGUUUAUUGAUCACAAACGGCUUAUGUCUGCUUUUUCCUGCUGGAUGUGAGAAAGACUGGAUGAUGAAUUUCAACACUUACUGAACGCUGCAGUGUGACUGGAUUGUUACAGCUACCAUCUGGCUCCAUCACAAACAACAGGAUAUUUGUUUGUGUGUCCUUUCUUUUCCAAACUGUCUUAGUUUGAAAUUGCAACAUUCCAAGGUCAAUUGGACAACUCUCUUGGCUUCAGUUCGUGCUGCUUAGAGCAAAGCUGCACUUGCAUCUCUCUCUAUGACUUUUUCUGCAGCCACGCUGUGUCUACAUUUUGCUAUGAGCUGUGUGAAUGCACUGUAAGAAGCCUCACCUGUACUGUUUAUCAGCUGAAAUCUUUCCAUACGGACCGUGCGACUAUGGAGCAUGCAAAUCACCAUGUUUUUGUUUUUUUCACCGGAUGGCUCGUCUAAACAUGUAAUCUUGUUUGUGGAACAUGAAAGAGGAGCUUGUAACCAUUGGUUUUGUUUGAUGACAACUCCUAAACACUCCUACUGCACCCCCCUAGAUACCUCAAACAUCUCAAUGAUGCUUACCCACCUACACGGAAGGAGCACUCCCUGCUCCCCUGUAGGGAGUGUCUCAUAUUAAAGCCACCAUUUUGGAAAAACAAAACAUGAUACCAUAGAAACGGCCCCACUUCUCUCCCUCUUUUUUUCUCUCUCUGUUUUAAUAGUGAUAAAGGUGUGUUUACUUUCCUGACCAUGUUGUUUCAGGCUACCUUAAAGGUACGGGCAUUGUUUGUUUUUCACGGGCCAUUUACUCCACCCACCAAAACCAACUUGUUGCAGAACUCCCUGGACGCCCCCAUAUGAUCAAGUCGAGCUUAGGUCAGAGCGAGGGAAGGCUGGGUGGAGUAGUGAGUGUGAUCACGAGACCUGCUCGCACCUGAAAAUGGUGGCUCUCAGCAGCACUCAGUGGAAUUUGACACACUACACCUACACCUGCAGCAGUGGCGGCCUGGAAUCUGACACUACACCUAUACCUGCGGGGUCUCAAAGGCUGCGCACAGAGCAGUGGAAGUUUAGACUGAAGCACUUGUAUGCCCAUGUUUCAGCCCCCACUGGUUUAGAAGAAACUGAGAAAACAAAAAAGGUGUUCUGCAGUCUUGCUGCAGGGACUCAUGAUGAUAUCUUAGCAGAUCAUUUGUGUCAGUUGUUGCAUUUUAUGUUUUCAGUAGUUAACAGCAUUCUCUUAUGUUUUCUUUAAAGAAAUUGUUUGGGGAAGACGUUUAUUCGCUACCACUCUCAUCUCUGUCUGCUGUUUAUAGAACGCUGAAGUCAUGAUGUAACUCGGUGCACUUUACAAGCAUAGCAGUGCUGGUACUUUCACCAAAAUGCUCUCGAAAGUUCCAGUUUUACUUCGUAGGCCGAUUUUGUUACCUUUGGAGACCGCCAGGCUAGCUUUUUACCCUUAUUUUUAGUCUUUAAGCAAAGCUAAGCUAACCGGCUGGUGGCUGUAGCCUUAUAUUUACCGGACAGAUGUAAAAGUGGUAUUAAUCUUUCCAUUCAGGUUAAUUUUCAAAAAAAGCAUAUACAGUAAGCCUAUUUCCUAAAAUGUUGAAAUACUGUUCAAAGACAAAGUUUAUACUCAAAACUACUUGCAACAAAACAAGCAUUGAUACUUUGUGAAGACAUCUUAUGAAAGUCUGUGAGCUGUCAUGUUACACAGUUAUUUUUCUUCUUAGCUUAACGUUAGUUAUUUUAGAAAGCAUGUGAGCUGUAGCUAUUUUAUUUUCUAAUAUUUUCUUGUCAUAUUACAUUAUUAUGAUCUUUGACAGUGUUUACAAAUAUGUAAGAUGCAAAACGGUCAGUUCUAGGGAAUCAAGACAUGUAGGCUACAUAAUGUUUAUGUAAUAAAAGAGAGAAUUUA